GGGGAUUUGGCAUUUUGCUCUCAUCACCCAAAUUAUGUCGGGGACCACCCAAACUUCAUCAUCCACCACCGGUCGGGGUUCGCGGCCGACUUACGCGCGGCGAUAUGGUCGAAAGUAUCUCGAGCUGGACAAUCUUCAGGACUCCAGCGUGUGCCACCGCAAAGUCGGCAAAGCACGCGCUGACUGCCGACUUCGGACGUCCCAGUCGAAAUGGGGAUGCUUGGGCGAGGCAUCGAGACCUGCGGGCAUUGUUUACAUGGAUCUCUCGUUCGAUCAGCCUGCAGACUGUAGGCUACUGAGUGCCACGGUCAAAAUCACUUUGCAAGGCGCCCCCCAGCACCAGCUAGAUCUGGAUAAGCCUGUACGUCUCCAUCUGACCGAUCACUACGGGCCCAAAUAUCUCGGCGGAGAGCCAAAGAAUGUGGUCAAGAAAAAGAUCCUGCAUCUUGCGCCUCAAGUCAAUGUACUUGGAAACGGCGGCGGUGGUAUCGGUAUCGAUAGCGAGAAGUCGAUUACUUAUGAUAGCCGGUGGACAUUCACAGGUAACCUGCGCCCUGCGCAAAAAACCGAUUCAGAAUAUCGCACCAUAAAGUGGGAGUUACGCGAGGAGGACCCUGAGUCUCAAUCAAUCCAUAGCAAUAUGAUCCACACUGCCUUUGCUUUCCAGCAUGAGGGGAGGCCCUUCCUCAUGCGGGUUCAGAUCAAAGGAAAACUACAGAAGGGCAGGAACCGCUUCAAAGAAAAGGCUCGUCAGUUGAGAUUCCCAUCCCGUCAUGAAAGUGACGAGGGAUCCAGUGAUAUUCUGGUGUAUCCAAAUGUUGUGACGCAGCCUUCAGGCCCUCGUCUAGAUCGUCUUGUACAGGAUCUUCCCAUGGUUAUGGAAAGAGAGAAUUGCCUUCGCAUUCCGGUGCAGAUUCCUGCCGCAUUGCCGAUAUCGUUCGCAGAGAGUAAUGAGAACAUCCCCGACACUGCACAGAGCAUGCUUGAAGACUCAUAUUUAGGGAGUCUACCGGGCCUUUUGCCCAAUCCAGGGGGUUCCGGGCACCAUACCGAGACAGCGCGGUCAUCCGGCUCCAACUCGGUUUCUUCCUCGGAAACAUUGGUAGACUUUAGGAAAUCCUGCGACGCAGGUGAUCCAGGAGAUGUGUGCAUUUCAAAGCUUGGACAUGCUGUGCACGCCUUUCGAACACCACAAGCUGUUGGCCAAGACGAGUCACAGGCAUCCAGAAUUGUACUGCACGCAAACUCCAGUUCGAUGGCUCCAGCGAAACUGAUCGUACCAGCUGAACAGAGGAAUGGUGACAAAGAGAGCAAAAAUAUCAACAGCCCUGAAUAUACGCUGAUUCUUCUAUUGCGCUAUCCGUUAUUGAUGACCUUAAUCCAGAUCCUGGCUGCCCUCCUGGAUUUCUUUGGGAUGGCAACGAAGUCCAUACAGUUGGCGAAUCGGGAUGCCAACAAGAAGCUCAGCGAGAAGGUUAUGUACAGCCACUCUGCCCCCAAUAGUUCCAGCAAGGCUAGGCAAAAGGCCCGUGCAAGUGCCGGCUGCUUGUCUGUGCCGCGCUGGGCGCCAAAUCGCCCGCCUGGGGCUCGCAUCGACAUGAGUUCUGCAUCCGAGGGGAGUACGGUUUAUGUCAAGGGCAAAGGUGAUCGGGUCGUCGGGACGAUUCCCAUAGCGAGAAGGGGGCAACCCAAGGACAGAAAGCCUGUCCAAGAUGGUCGACAAAACCCCGCUGUAGGAGCCAUUCCGUCUCUCCCGCCUUAUGAACCUUCCCCAGAACCACGAUCGGCUCGAAGGCGCCGGUCUUAUGAAAGGCUGCGUCCAGAAGUCAGGGUGUCCUCACAUACAGAAUCAGAUUCUGAUCUCCCAUAUCGUCAUCAACGGCCCCGAGCAACACGCACCAUCCAUCGCGACCUAUCAUUACCUCAUCGACGUCCGGGGGUUACCGUAGUCAACGAGCGUGCACUGCACGCACUUGACACACAGCUGGACCGUGAAAUCCGCAGACAGCAAAGAGACAUAGACCGGCUGGAGGAAGACUUGCAUCUUCAUAAACUCAAACUGGACAUAGAGAGUGAACGAGAGUUCGAAAACGAGAUUUCGGAGCGAUUAAAGAGACUGCAUGAGUAUGAAAGGGGAGAGGUACGAAGAGACCUGAAGAGAGCCGAAAGACGAGCCGAGGAGCAAUUCAAGAGGAAAGAAGAAAUCAAAGCUGCGUUACGCGAAAAGGAAUGGAAAGAGAUGAAGAAGAAGAAAGAAGAGGAAGGACUGCGGGCCCGGAUUAGGAAAGAGCUGCACGACGAAGAGAUUCGACGGAAACUCGAAGAACGCGAACGUUUCAUUCACGAGAACAAGAUUCGGCGCGCUGCUAUUGAAGACUAUAAGUUGGCGGAAGAGCAGCGCCUUCUUGAGGAAGAAAGACAGAAGAGGCAGCUGAAAAGGGAGUAUAGAGCAGCCAUUGAAGCGGAGCUUGGGUAUUCCCUCGAGCAGGUGAAAGAUAUUCUCACCAAGGCGACAGGCAAGAAAGCCCAGAGACAGAGUCGGGGGCGUAGCCAAGCAUUUUCUGCAACUGUUAAUGAUGUCCUUAGUGGAGACGAGGCAGAUGUGGAAGCACCUUGACUUGGCUGGAUGGUGGCCUCUUAUAGCCCUCUAUCUAUAUCGAGCAAUCCAGAUUACGAUGUACUGUGACCUCAAUAGUCUAACUCUUACAGCCCAUAAUAUCAGGGCAUGGCUCAUUGUGCUAAGAAUUCGAAACUAGCCAUGCUAGGAUCUAGGAGGUUUUCAUCC